AUGGGUUUGCUCCUCAAGAUGUGUGUCUAUGACGAUGUGCUGACCACGAAGGUGUGGUCAGCCUAUGGCGACCAGCUGGAGACCUCCAUCAAUGAGUGGUAUCUUUGGCAUGGAACCAGUUCUUCAGCUGCUCACAACAUUUGUAUGUCAGACUUCAAGAUGAGGCUAGCAGGUAGUGCCACCGGAACGCUCUACGGUCGCGGUUCCUACUUCGCGGAGUCCAUCACCAAGGCAGAUGAGUAUUCCAAAGAAGAGGAUGGUCUCUACACCGUCCUGCUGUGUCGUGUGCUGGGUGGCCGGGUGAAGUACACUGCGGACAGGAACCCUGAUCCAGAUGCUCUCACCCGAGAAUGCACGCAAGGGGAAUCCGAUUGCAUCUUGGGCGAUCGGAUCAAGAUCUCCGGCACCUACCGUGAGUUCAUCGUGUCCGGGACGCCAGGGGCCAGGGAUCCCCCCAGUUGA